UAUUUCCAUUAACAUUAACAAUCUUUAUUCAUUUUUGUUUUAGUUAUUUCUGUGUAAAACUUAUACUGCAUUUUAAUUGAUGUAUCGUACUGUGCAUCAAUAUUCAUUCUGUUUUGUAUUUUAUGUAAUCUUCCUUUCCUUGUAUGCAUGGAGAAGUCAGAAUGUUUAGUUUUUAUUUUGUAAUUCCUCCAAUCUUUUGCACAUGAACUGAGAAUUUAAUUACUUAAAUGAUAUACAUUAGCAAUGUAUUCACAGUUUUGUACUUUUAAUGAUUUUUUUUAAUGCAUUUUGUUGUAAUGCAGUUGCAAAGAACACUUUUUUUAACAGUAGAUAUGGGAAGCACAAUAUGCCUUUAUAAAACUGUUAUUUUUCUUUGGUUUUGCAUGUAAACUUGGAUUACUAGUUCAAAGUUUCAUUUUUCUAUGUAUGUUCUAAAUCAUGUCAUUAUGUGUGCUUGUUUUAGUAUUUUAUCACCUGUUUUUCCUUUCUUUUCUCGAUUUCUUCCUCGUCUUUUUUUCUUUUCCAUUUUCCUUUUUUAUAUUUUUUUCAUAUUUUAUUUCUUGUGUACGUUGAUGAUUAUUUAUGUGUUAUUGAGUCUUUAUACGUAACUUUUUUCAUAUAUAGAUAAUCACUAUAUGUACGUGGAUGGUGGUAAAUCGUUGUUGUUAUGAGUAGUUUUAAAUAUGUACUAAUAAUAAGAAUAAUACGAAAUAAUGAUGGAUAACAACGCAAGUCACUUCCAGGUUGUUUAUAUCUGAAAUUAGUGCGCCCGGCGAUAGUUGGCAGCACCGCCGUCGCCACGUUUAUUUCGAAGAGAUUAUACGUGCUCUCUUAUAUCUUUCUCUCUCUAGUCUUUGCUCGGUUUGGUUCCAAAUUGUGUGGAUAUAGGCCUCGGGUAUAAGGAUGAGAAUGAAAUAGAAAUACCCCUUCACUAUCCAUUUCGACUAUAUUGGGCCCCACCGCCGCCGGCUGGGAGCAGAAUCUGGGAAUAGACGGGGCCUAAGCGCACCAGACACACCCCCGCGUGCAGCCAAUGAGCGCGGCGCAUCGCGUGAGGGACGAAUGGGAAGUCUCGGUCACGAUCCCAAUGACUCUGUGCGUAUUUUGUGUGUAUGGUAGUAGCCAUGAAUGAUUCUGGUAAAGCCAGUGACUCGACCGCAAAGCGUGGAAGGUCAGACAGGCGUGUAAGACGCCCUGACACUUGGAAACUUGAGGUUGCAAAGAAGAAACGUAAUACUGGUGUUGCAUACGUUAGUGCUAGCACUGGCAAAAAUAUGCCAGCUAGGUCUGUUGGGCCCCUGUGUAAUUGCGGUUGCAUGGCCCGCCUUGGUGAUAAAGUGAACGCUGUUUUCGAGCAGUUCUGGCAAAUUGGAAAUUAUGAAAGGCAAAAUGAGUAUAUAUCUCGGCUCGUUCAUAGUGUCGGUGUGCAGCGAUCGCGUGUUGAGCCAGGCAAGCAGUCGAGGCGUACGCAAACACUUAAGUAUAAAGUAAUGAGUGGUAAAAUUGAGCAUGAAGUGUGUGCUGCUGGCUUCCUGUCUAUUCAUGGCAUAUCCAGAAAACGUGUGCGCACAGUUAUGUGCAAGCUGCAGUCACCAGGUGUGAUAGAAAGGGACAGGAGGGGGUUAGGAGGGACUGCAACGAGAGUGGCACCUCAGAGGCGUGAGCUGGUAAGGGAACACAUAAGGAGUUUCCCAUCUGUUUCAAGUCAUUACAGUCAGGCAAAAAGCCCAAACAGGCCCAAAGAUCUUAGUAUCAGUAAAAUGUACAGAUUAUACCAAAAGUGGCUUGAAGAUGAGCAUCCAAAGGAGAGUAUGGUGACCUUGUCAUACUAUAGGAGUGUAUUUAAGGAGGAUUUCCACCUCAGUUUAGACCCUCCAAAAGUAGAUCUCUGCAAUAAGUAUGAAGAACAGAGAAAUCCACUUCAUGGUUUGGGUGAAAAUGCUGAUGCAGCAUGCAUUAGUGAAGUCAAGAGAGAUAGAAGCCUACAUUUACAAAGGCCUAGAAUUGCUCGGACAAAGAAUAAUCAAGAUACAACACACCACACCAUAGCUAUGGACCUCCGGCAAACUCUUCCUACUCCAAGGACUUAUGCAGGUGACAUCAGAUUGUCUGCAGAAUCUCCCUGUCAUAAGAAGAAUGAGCAAAAGCCACAGGUUUUUCUACAUCAAGUAAGAAAACUUCAUUAUGCCAUAGAUAGUGAUGGAUUUGAUGAAUCAAAUGAUGAGAAUCCCUUUGACUUCAUUGAAAUUAAAGAUGAGCCUUUGGAUGACUGUGGAGAUAUUGAUUAUUAUAAUGGGGAUGUCGACCCACUGGACAUUAAGGAAGACUCUUCCUGAUAUAUUUGAUAGUCAGAACUAGCAGCUUUAUGCUUACACAAAAUGCUAGGACUCUGCAUUGGACCCAGUGUUGAAAUCAGUCCCUUAGUGCAAAGUUUGGGUACUUGUUAUUCCAGAUAACCCACUUUUUCUGAGGAUCCACGGGUAUAACAUUGGAGAAAACGUACGUACAGGUUUAAGCAGUCAUUAUUUAUCCCUGUUUUCAUAUGUAAUGAAUUUAGAAUUUUCCAAGUAAAUUGGAAAAAAAAUAUUUGUUACAUAUGCAUUGUGCAAUAUAUAUGUAUGUAUAUGUGUGUGUGUAUAUAUGAAAAGUGUUUAUAUAAUAUAUAAUUAUAAGCCACACAAUUUUUUUGGGUGAGUAAUUUUUGAAUGUGCUAUAUUGAACAUAUGGCUGUGAGAGCUAGGAAUGCAGGAACAGAUGGAUUAUGCAGAAAUAUUUUGUUCAAAACAAGUAUGAUACUUCUGUUCUUGCUUCAUAUUUAUACAUUUUCUUCCUGUAUUGGAGUUAAUAAAUGAAUUUUAUUUUCUGA